AUGACUACAGUAUCUACUUAUAUCAGAGCGAAUCGCCUUGAAGAGUCGCUCUUCCAUUGUCAUUUGUCUGCGGGAAAAUCACCAGAGCCUACAAUCACCCAUCGUUUCGAAGUCGCAUCAGCAACCAAGCAACAUAAGAGGACGAAACAGAGCGCCCUGUUAUUGAAGGGCGUAGGGGAGCAAUAUACCCUUGUCACAGAUUAUGACAUCCCUACGGUUUCUCAUAGAGAUGAGAUCUUAGUCAAGAUCAUGGCUAUUGGGUUGAAUCCUAUCGACUGGAAAGGGCCUGCAUACAAUUUUGGCAUCCCAGCCCUCCCAUGGAUCAACGGCCGUGACCUAGCCGGUGAGGUCAUCCAGGUGUCCGACGGCUGUUCGCGUCUUCGAGUCGGUGAUAUCGUCCUCGUCCCGUCCACGGAUUACCGGGACAUGCGCAAGGCUGCAUUUCAGGAAUAUGCGGUGGCGACGCAUUUCAACGCUGCUCGCAUUCCGCACACGGGCAAUAUACAUGCCUCUGCAUCCUUGGGGGUGGCGUUUGUUGCCGCUGCUUUGGCAUUGGGGGUCUCAUUCGGGUUGGAUUUUAAUCACAUUCGAAGAUGUCCCGGUCCCGACCUUCCCGGAGCCCUCUUGCGGAUGGAUCGCAAUGAACUUCCAAAAGAUAUCACGGAUGAGUGCUUUUCGUCAUCUUUGCAAGCUGAACGAAUAGCGCCAGGGGAUUGGCUUGCAAUCUGGGGAGCAUCCACAACGACGGGAUAUAUUGCUCUACAACUUGCCAAACUCGCAGGAUUAAGAGUCAUUUGCGUGGCGGAUGUAGCUCGGCAUGGCGCCAAACUCCUCGAUGCUGGCGCAGAUCUACUUGUCGAUCGCCACAAUACCGCAAGGGCAAUAGAGAUCAUCCGCGGUGUAACCCAGGGAAAGCUGCGAUAUGCUAUUGAUAUUGUGGGCCGGGACACGGCAACUCUAUUGCAGCAGACACUCGAUGCUUCCGUGCACGAAGAUGGCUCGCAUGCGCAUCUGUUGGGGCUGACUGGGCUACCCAAACAGAGGGACAACACUGUCAUCUACCAUACUGUUCCAAUUAAGUUGUUUCAUAAGUCUCCUGCAGUGGGUGAGCUUAUGGUGACUUGGCUAGAGGAGCUGCUACAAACAGACACAAUUCGAUUGCCGGAGAUCAUCCUGGCAGACGGAGGGCUGGAGGGAAUCAACGCCUCGUUAGAAGUCUUGAGACAGGGAACGGCGUCAGGCAAGAGAAUUGUCAUGAAUUUAGGACGGUAG